AUGCCAGGUGGAUUCACAAACAAGGAUAUUGCCAACAUCCGCCACCGCCACACCACAGCCCAGAACAAGAUGGAGCUGAAAGGUCAAGUAGUUGAUGAUUUUGAAACUCGCAUGGGGAUCGAGGAGAGAUGGAUGAUGACUCACCCUGAACGUGUGAGAGCGCAAUCACGUAUUGCUAAUGUGCAGUACCAUAAAGCUGUCGAUGACGUGGAGCGUCUCGUAGUAAUGCGGCUGCUUGAACUUAUGAAGCUUCAGAUGAGCGGUUAUAAGCUACGAACACAGAUUUCAAAAGCACUGAAGACGCGCGCAACUGCAAUCAGGAAUGCACUAAACCGCUACAACAAGUACGCAGCUGAACUCAACCCUCCCCGACCACCAAUUACAUGGGAGCAGGAGGAGAUUGUGCGCUGCAAUGUCAAGAUCACACGACUUCGCACAAAGAUUCAAGACAGUACCAUUCAUUUCCCAGUGGUAAUUGCACAACUUUGUAUAUCUAAUCCUGCUCUUGCAGUGGAAGUUCAGCACCGCUGGGAUCAUCUCCGCUCUGUGAAUGCUUUUCACUUGUGCCACAUUGCGCAGAUUGAGGCACUGCCAGGAUAUUCUGGCAGCAGAGCUGCAGGAACACGACUUGGUCACACAGACAGCACUCCACGACAAGCCCAACCCGAGGGUAAUAUCAAUGAAGGAAAUGUAGAUGACGAUGUGCAUGAUGACCCUGAUGGCAAGCAGCAGACGCUGAUGGAAGACUUUUUCGACCAGCUUCAUGAUGGACCAACAUGCGCAGAUGAUGCAUAG